CGCCAUCGUGACGUCUGUUACCAUGGAAACGCUUGCAUUCCUCGCCCCGCAAGCACACGGGCCGACCCUCUGUUUCCGGGGUCCGAGCGCUUGGAUAAGCGUAACGACGGCCAUAAUAACGGCUGGAGGAGGAGUUGCUUGGCUUGACAUAGUGGGAGCAUUUUCUGGUGGACCUUAUGGCUGAAGAUUCUGAAUGGGUGCUGGAGAGCGUACUGGGCUUCCUCAGCGGCCCUGUAUGGACCGGGCCUGUUACGGAUUUCAUGGAUCACAAGUGCUCAGUUUUUGAUGACGAUGAAGAGAACAAAUUAUCAUAUACGGAGAUACACGCUGAAUACAGGCAGCUGGUGGAAAAGCUUCUAGAGAGCUAUCUGAAUGAAAUUGGUAUCAGUGAAGAGCAGUUUCAAGAAGCGUGUGCAGCUCCUCUGGCUCAUUCUCCAGAACUGCAGACCGUUUUACAUCCAGUGCUCGCUGUGGAAGAUUUUAGGAUGUUCAAAGCCAUGAUGGUGCAAAGAAACAUCGAACUACAAUUACAAGCGAUUCAAAUUAUACAAGAAAGAAACGGUGUGCUCCCAGACUGUUUGCAGAAUGGUACCGAUAUCGUUUCUGAACUUGAACAACAGGAGAUUAAGCUGAUAGCUGAAGCGUUAAGGAUAUCCAAAGACGAAUAUGAGAAGGAACAGCAGCGCAAAGUUACCAAGGAAAGAUUUGUGUCUCCUGAACUUGAGGAUCACAAAAAAGAAGUCUCCACUGGUGAUGAUAAAACAAGCACUGCAGCAAACCGCAGUAAGGGCCACAAUGCCAGAAAACAGCCCCAGAAACUACACGAACAUUUAUACAACACACCCACCGUAAAAUUAAAAGAAAUGAGUAACACGGAAGCAGCAGAGGCAUGGCUGGAACAAGCACGAAAAGAGGCCGGCAUACAAGGUUGCAUGUCUAGUUUAUCUAAAGUGGAGAAGGAACAGCUCCGACAACGCGCUGAAUAUUUGAAGCAAAAAAGAGACCACCUGCUGGCCAAGAAGUUGGAUGUGAAGAAUACAACACAGGCCCCGGAAGAUUGUAAAGAACAGGCAUCAAGUUCUAUAAAGGAUAUGACAGAAGAAGAAAAGAAAGACUUACAGAAGAGGAAACACCUGGCUGAAAAACUUAAAGAAGAAGUGAUCAAUAAGUGAUCCAUUCUCCUGAGCCGCCUUUAAAAUGUAUCUAGUUGCCAAAGCCAUUCAUAUAUUUUUUUGGUAUGCCUUAAAUUAUAUAUAUAUAAUUAUACACAUACAUAUUUAGUAAGAUGCAUUCAAUGUUUAUGAGGAACUAAAGCUGAUAUGUGUUAAACCUACUACACAAUAUAAUGUGUAUCAGGACUUUCAUAAAUGUAGCUUAGGAAACACAAACUAAGCUCACUCGAUUUGAGAAGUAACUGGUCAUGAAACUAGUUCUUAAAGGGAAACAGUAACUUUCAAAGCUCCUUUUCAAUGUAACAUUGCUGUAAAUAAAACCUGCAUUAGAAA